AUGUUCUCCGCCGACCUCUCCUGGACGGAUUCGAGUACAGAGAAAGUUGGCGAGCGGAGAGAAAGAAAAGCGAAAGAGCGCUCUCUGCAUUCCACGACGCCUUCUGUCACCAGCUCUCGGAGCUCGAUAACUUCAUCACUCGCCGACGAACGACAGCUGUGGUGGACGUCGAGCCUCCGAAAGGCGAAAAAUUUCAAGCCGAACAAAAAAGCAAGACCUUCGACAAGCCGCAGCAUCGUCACAGACGCCUCACGACCGACAUCUACCGUUCUUCGCUCAAUCGAGCCGGAAUCAAUCCGAGAGUUGAAGGAUCCCUCACUACAACCAGGUUGGACGUAUUCCUCUACGCUGUCUUCGAACCUUCCAUCCGGUGCGCCGCUAGAUCCUCCUGCACCCGAGUUCGAAGUGCCAGAGUUAGAAGGCGACUUGUCUUCGCGUGGUGCUAACUCUACUGGUUCUCGCUCUUCCCACGAGCGACGAUGGAGUCUAAAGCCUUAUCCCAAGCUGCAUAUCGCUGAUGAGAUCGACGAGAUCCAACCACGCACUCCUCGCUCUUUCAUCACUCGCACGACACGGCGGAGUUCUGUAGCCGCACAAUUCGACGACAUCGCCACAAUCACACCGACAACGUCUUAUGAAAAUAAAAAGCAAAAUGGUUCUGUGAAUAUCGAUGCCAGUAUGGGACUUGAGCGCCUGAAACUGCAAGACCAACCUGAGGAAGACGUGGCACCAGUGCCACCAAUUGAGACACACCGAUCGCACGCCAACGGCUUCGCAUCUUCAAAGUUGGCUCCGUGGGUCCCUCCUAACGACUGGCACGUCUUGCAACCCGAGAGCAUGCAGGAUUUUGAACGGCCGCUCAAGCAACGCAAGGAGCUGCCGCCAACGCCAGUAUUGAAUGGAAUUACAAUGGCGCAGAACAGCCUGCUGGAACUCACCAGAUUUCAGCGGUUCAUUAGGCGAAUGGAGAGUGCGGGUCCGAAGGUCAUCCUUGACCGUCUCAAGGAAGAAUGGGAUGACCAAAACGACGAGGAAACCAACGAGGAGUUGCAUCUAGAGAAGCGAUUGUGGGUACUGACUGCAUUCCAGCUCCAAAAUACGGGACGACUACAAUCAAAUCCGCAACCGAAGUGCAACACAGGCAAGAUCCUAGAGAUGUACGGGGAUCUAGCGGAAGUAUACCAGCUCUCUGCGAUGCAUCCAAGACACAAGGUUCAAUACCUGACCACCGAACCUCAACGACCAAUGCCGCUACCAGGAAACGUGUCGUACACGACGGUGUCACAGCCAGGCCUAAUCCCGUGCCCUUGGCCAGAUGCGACGUUCUCCCGCAUUCGCGCGUCAACGCUGCCCUCACUGGUGCCAUCAUCGAAGCUACCGCAGCUGUUACGCGAAUGCCACCGCUUGCUCGCGCCAGGAGGGGUGCUCGAGAUCAGGAUCAUGGAUGCUGCACCCUUGCGAACAACCGCAGGCCCCUUGCUAAGAGCCUGGAUCGAGGAUCGGCUGUCGAUUAAUCUGGAGAAAACUUUUCGGUGCUCCAAACCUUGCAUGCUGUUUCCUGGCUGGAUUGCUGACGCGGGCUUCGAGCUACCAACCGAGGAAGGCGUGAACGAGGUCAUGCAGCUACCUUGCGCCUUCGAUGGAUCCUGCGUUGACGCGGAGCUCAGAAUGCUUGUCGGACGAGCGCUCUGGAAGGACACCUGGGGUCCAUACGUGGACGUUGAUGAAACUUCCAACGAAGCACGAUCCUGGUGGGAGGACGACGAGAUCGUGGACGAAUGCGUGAAACAUGGCACAGUGUUCGAAUGCGGGGCUAUCUUUGCUUAUAAAAGGUAGCCAUUACUACGGGUUUGCUGGUCCAAGGACCGCGACCGACAAUACGGAUAUGUUCGACUGUGGCGUGGCUGUUAUCGGGCUUGUUCUGGCGGCCAUCGGAUCGCGUAACAGUUUGGGGUGGAUUUCUGUUCUGUAC